AUGUCCAAAGUCAGUCGUAAAAGACCCUUCGAAGAUGAAGGGGCCGAUCCUCACUCGUCGGUGUUUGAACGAUACAGCAGAACCAUGGAUUUGCAAGACAAAAUUGCCGAACAGUACCCGGACAACGACGAGCCAGAACCGAUGGAAACGGAAAGAGACGUUGCACCGCUUCCGCAGCCCAAGCUGCCCCGAGACAAGUCCCUAUACUCACAGGAGCAAAAGAACAAGAACCUUAACUGGCUUUCUACUCCUGAGUAUCACAAUACUACCCAAACGAAGCCAUUCAAGGAUUUUGAGCCUGCGCUGGAUCCGGUGAUAAUUUCCAAUCUCGAGACCAAGUUUGGCAUAACUUCUGCCUUUUCUGUGCAGAUCAACGUGAUAGAAUCUCUUUUGAAAGACAUCCGCGCCAAUACGAUUGACCCGACCCCUUUUGGCGACUAUCUGGUCAAUGCAUCGACAGGUUCAGGUAAAACUCUAGCAUAUCUGAUUCCUAUAGUACAAAGCUUAAUUGGUCGAGUUGUUCCUCGUUUAAGAUGCAUAAUUUUGGCUCCAACGAAGCCGUUGAUUACACAGGUGUACUCUAACAUAUUACAGCUGACAAAAGGACUUGAUAUCAACGCUUUAGCUUUGCGUAGCGACGUGGGUGUCAAAGAAGAAGCGAAGAAACUAGCAGCUGUCAAGCCAGAUAUCGUUGUUUCCACGCCAGGUCGCCUGGUUGAGCAUCUGCUGAACGGCAUGGACCUUUCACAGCUCCGAUUUUUGGUGGUUGAUGAGGCAGAUCGGCUGCUGAACCAGUCAUUUCAAAACUGGUGCGACACUCUGAUUGCCAGAUUGGAGAAGGACCAGAAAUUUGGUGCAGGCGAAGACUUUUACAACAGCUACACUGUGAAAUGUAGCAAACUGAUUUUCAGUGCGACCUUGACGACAGAUUCGGAAAAGCUGUUUCAUCUUAAACUUUUCAAGCCUAAAUUGGUCGUGAUCAACAACGCAGAACAGCUGGUGAACGAGCUGUACCAGAUCCCGCCAAAUCUUGAUGAGAAAUAUGUGCGGGUCAACGAAAAGCUGUCAUUUUUCAAGCCGAUGGUGUUACUCCGCUUCUUGGAACGGCCAGAGUACGCUUCUCACGGACUUGUGUUUACCAAAUCUAAUGAGUCGGCAAUAAGACUUGCCCGCCUGCUUACGCUCUUAAGUGGGAAGCUGGGACUGGGUUUGGAUAUAAUGUCCGUCAACUAUAGCCUAAAAUCGCACGAGAGGGCUAAGAUCCUCAAAAAGUUCCACGAGGAGGGCGGUAUUUUGAUUGCUACCGAUCUCAUUGCGCGCGGAAUGAACAUCGAAUCAAUCAAAUUUGUUCUGAAUUACGAUCUUCCUCUUUCAACCAAGGAGUACAUUCACAGAGUUGGCAGAACAGCCCGUGCAAAUAGGCAUGGAACUGCUGUGACGCUCUGUUUUGGGGAUGGGGAUUUCCGAUGGUUUAAACGUCUGGUCUACUCGGGUGGAGUCAUUAAUAGAAACGGCAAGGAUAUCGAGGAGGUUAAGGUGGUGAGAGACACAGACGAAAAAACAGACUCCGAUUUUGUGCUUGAGCUUGAUAAGGAUGUCUACAACGAGUGUCUGGACGAGCUCGAGAAAGAAAUUAGAAAUAGCAAGUAA